GCCCCGCUUCCGGCGCCGGGGACAGAAGGCGGAAGCGCGGCCGCGCGGGCCGAGCAGGGACAUGGCCGCCUCCGCCGGGCCCGCCGCGCCGCGCACCAAGACCAAGCGGAAGCGCUUCGUGCCCCAGCGCGUCAAGGUGCCGCGGGCGGCGGAUCCGCUGCUGGGCGUGUUGGGCUGGGGCGUCCAGCACCAGAUCAAUGAGCUCAGCCAGGUUCCCCUGCCGGUGAUGCUGCUACCCGAUGACUUUAAAGCCAACUCUAAAAUCAAAGUGAACAAUCAUCUCUUCAACAGGGAGAACCUGCCGAGCCACUUCAAGUUCAAGGAGUACUGCCCGCAGGUCUUCCGCAACCUCCGCGAGCGCUUCGGGAUUGACGACCAGGACUACCAGGUCUCCCUGACGCGCAGCCCGCCCCACUACGAAGGUGAGGGGAGCGACCGACGUUUCCUCACCUCCUACGACCGGACGCUGGUGAUCAAGGAGAUCUCCAGCGAAGACGUGGCUGACGUGCACAGCCUCCUUUCGCACUACCACCAGUACGUGGUGAAGUGUCACGGGGUCACCCUGCUGCCCCAGUUCCUGGGGAUGUACCGGCUCAGCGUGGACAGCGAGGAGACCUACAUGCUGGUCAUGAGGAACGUGUUCAGCCACCGGCUCGCCGUGCACAGGAAAUACGACCUCAAGGGCUCCCUGGUGUCCCGAGAAGCCAGCGACAAGGAGAAGGGCAAGGAGCUGCCCACGCUGAAGGACAUGGACUUCCUGCACAUGAGCCAGAAGCUGUACGUGGACGAGGGGCAGAAGGGCGACUUCAUGGAGAAGCUGAAGAGGGAUGUGGAGUUCCUGGUCCAGCUGAAGAUCAUGGAUUACAGCCUGCUGCUGGGCAUCCAUGACGUGCUGCGGGCCGAGCAGGAGGAGGACGAGGAUCUGAAGGAGGAGGAAGAGGAGGGGGAGGACGUCAUGGCGGUGGGCUCCUACGGGACAUCCCCCGAGGGGAUCGGCGGCUACCUGAACUCCUACAAGCCGCUGGGCCCGGGAGAGUUCGACCCCUACGUCGACGUGUAUGCCAUCAAGAGCGCGGAAGGCGGGCCCCAGCCGGAGGUGUAUUUCAUGGGCCUCAUCGACAUCCUCACGCAGUACGACGCCAAGAAGAAGGCCGCGCAUGCCGCCAAGACCGUCAAGCACGGGGCCGGCGCGGAGAUCUCGACCGUCCACCCCGAGCAGUACGCCAAGCGCUUCCUGGACUUUGUCACCAACAUCUUCGCUUAGUCGUUACCCGCCCGGAGAGGCCGCCCCCUCCUCCCCCCCGUCUCGUCUUGUCGGAGCUGAAGAUCAAAGGUGUCCCCUGCCCCCCACCCCUUGGUCUUCGUGCCCCCCGCUGUUGGCUGGCCCGAGAGCUCAGCUGAGCUCCAGAGAAGCCGAGUGGGCCGGGCGGGCUCGGUUGCUAACCAAGUGCCUUAUCUUUAUUUGCCCUCGCUCGAGCGGGGGAUGGAUCCUCUGGCUGGGGGGGGGGCAGGCUGCUGGCUGAGGGGCCCUGUCAGCUCAGCCCAUCUCUAGGGCUGGGCUCUGCAACCGGCCCUGUCCACAGGGCGGAGGGGGGCAGCCCAGGCCUUGCAAUAUGCAAUAAAAGAUUCGACCCGUUGGUGCCUUAGAGGGGGCAGACAGUUCCUCCCUAGCAACAGUGACCCCCCCCCCCGCUUUCCCGAGCCUGGGGCUGGCAGCGGCUCCCCUCUCCUGCCCGCCCCCCGUGUGCACUCCGCACUGGUCCCCCCGCCACGCUCCCCAGAAGGGCGACGGUUCUCUUGGCCUGUCCCACGGUGUAAUUUAUUCCUAGGUGAAAUCUCCUGGCUGGGGUCGCGGGGGAAGUUAACACUAGUUUGCAUUGGGGUCCCAGCCCCCCACUCUGCAGCCUCUCCCCACACACUACGUCCCCGGGGCCAUGGCUGCUGCUGGCUCCCCCGGCGCCUGCCCCCAGCCUCACCCGAACGAGCCGCGUUAGGUGCCGGAGCCUGGGUUCGAGCCAGGGCCACCGGUGCUCGUGUCUCUAGGCCGCUGUGGCCUGAAACUGCUCCUCCCCCCUGCGUGCCGGAGGGGAGCGACUGGGCGCAGAGCUCCCUCCCCCCGGCUGUGAGUACUCUGAGCCCCUACGCUGGGCUCCCGGGGCCGGCGGGCCUGCCAAGGAGGGUGAGCCCCCCCCUCUAAUUCAUUUCAGCGGCACCAGCCACAGCGCCUUCCUCCUGGCAUGGGGGCAGCUGGCGCGUGCAGUUCCACCUUCGUCCAGCAGGAGGCGCUCGCCAGGGGCAAGGCUUGUGCUAGAUUCAGCUUUGCCUGCCCAGGGUCUCAGCGGCCCCAUGGAGGGGGCAUAGCGUCGCUGCUGCUGCCGCCAUUCUUCCCUGGCACCUGCUGGCCACGGGUUGGGCUUUCCCCGGCUGUGGGGCUGCUUCUGCCCUUGGCCUGAGCCCUCCUCAGCCCUGGCUGGGCUCGUGCGCUGAGCUGACAGCUGGCCUGGGCCGGGGCAGGAUAUGGAUGGGAAGUAGCAGAGCCUUACCGGCCUGGUCCCCUCUCCCCGGGCCUGGUCUGCAAUCCGUUAUCCCCACUGCUGCCUGGGGGGGCACGGUAGAACAGGUCAAAGAGGUGCACUGACCUCGCCCACGGGGCGCCCGUCAGCUGCGCUGGCCAGGCUGGCCGAAAUGCCUGCUCCCCUACCUGGAGGGGGCAGGGGGUCUGGAGGGGCAGGGGGUCCCAAGCAGGAGGCUGGGGCCCGAGGCCCCAGAUGUGGUUCCCUGCCCUCCAGCGAUCCCCCUGCGCGCAAUAAUGCUCCGUGUGCCAGCCCGGCUGCAGGUUAGUCUGUUGCACCUUCUAUUUUUGUAAACUCUGGUGUAUUUCCGUUCCCUGUGUCUGGAUAGAAAUAAAUUAUUGACUGACAGCA